AUGGAGGAUCAGCCCGAUGAAGAGGAGCAGCAGCAGCAGCAGCCGCCGCAGCAGGAAGAGGCAGAGGAAGAGGAGGAAGAUCAGGAGGCCCCUCCCCCGAAGCGUCGCCGUGGACGGCCACGCAAGGAAGAGCAGUUACAGAGGGAUUCAAGCCCCUCGAUUGUAUUUGCGCAGAGCGCCAACUCGGACGGGGAGGACGAAGAAUUUCGAGAGGGCACCCUCGCCGGUAAACGUGCCAGCCGGGCCGCCCGACGCACCGCACAGCGUGAGGAAGAGAUGGAAAUUCCCGGAGCCGCCGUCGCCGCCCCCAGGAUCGGCAGAUUCGAACGGAUGAUGCGAGAGAGCUGGGCCGGCGCUACCGACGACGGACUCGAAAGGGCGGUAGCCUACUACAAGAGGGCCAGGCCGUCGCUGGCGUUCCCCCGGAGGCAGCUUAUCGACAGCAUGAUCGGUCCCAGUCAGCCCGCGAUGCGCACAGGCUGGACCCAGGCCUUGGAGGACGAGAUACAGGCGCAGUGGGAUGCGUCGGACGAGAAGAGGUCGCUGGAGGCGGCAUCCUGGGUGGAGCGCGUCACCGCGUUGUGGAAGGCCAGCCUGCAGCUAUUGCGCUGCUCGCCGGUGGCCAUCGUGUCGCCGGCGUACAACCUGUGGGUGCAGGCCUCUAACCCGGGCGAGGUCUUCUGGACCGUAGCCUUUAGCGAGGCCUUGACCCUCCUGGUUGCCAAUCCCGUCUGGCGCGGCAACAAGGCCCUGCUCAGGCGCGCCAUCCAGCUCGCCGUCAUCUGCCGCACCGACAACAGGGCCAGCUGGACCAUGGAGCAGCCCGAGAUGUGCGGCGUCAUUGCCGCCAUGGCACGUCUCUUCUCCGUGGGUAGCCGCCCGCAUGCCCCAAAAUACUGGAUCGAAAAGGCCUUUGAGGAGCUUCCCGAGGGCAAGGUGGCAUGCCCGGAAGCCUGCUUCCUGCGCCACCUCGCCGGCAUUUGCACGCCCAAGCGGCCACAGAGUGCCGCGUCAUCGCAGUUUGUCGUACAGAAGAAGGAUCUAGUAAAGAUCGCCGAGGCUAUCGAGACAUUCGGCGAGGGCUUCUAUCCGUCAACGGGCAGCGUGUCGGCUAUAUACUAUGCCUACCUAGCUACCCGCUCGGGACUCACGGCUCCUAUAGGAGAGGCCGAAACCAAGGCGUUUCACGAACAGGCUUGGAAGCACGAGAUGCGCCGGGCCAAACGCCGACAGCUCGGUCUACGGUUCGACGACGCCGCUAUGGCACAUGCACGGGACGGCCCUAUUCUCGUGGCCGACGACCCUUUGCCCGAGGCCAACGACCCUUUGCCCGUGGCCGACGACUCCAUGCCAGUGGCGGACCUUGACACCGGCGUGGUGAUAACAGAUGAGCCCAUGCCCGACCUGCCAGUGCGGGAGCCGAAGCCCGCGCACGACAUGGAAGAAGACUUGUACGGAGCAUCGCCUUUGGUUUCCAAAGGCCAAGACUCAAGCGGUGCACCUCUGGUUUUCCCCGACAUUCCGCCUCUGGACCUGGGCCAUAGGGACGCCAGGUCCUGGCUGCCGUCUGGCCUGAUGACCAUGCAGGAGAUUGACCAGGAGCUCGGCGGCGACGACGGAUAUCUCGGCGGCGGCGCGAGCAACGGCUCCUCGCCCGAUAGAGAGCUAGGGGAAGAGCAGGCCGGAGCCGAGCAACAGCCGAGCCCCGAGAUGGAAGUAGCAGAGACGCCUGGCCUGGAUACCUGGGAGACCGUCGACGGCGACAACCACACCUCGCUGCUGGAGGCGAAGCAUGACGGCGAGAGCACGGCAGAUACACCCGGCGAUACGGAUCCGGACUCUGGCGAUAAGCCAGUGCUCGACGAGUCGCGAGCGCCCAGCGUGCUCCUUGGCCAAAUGUCUCCCACGCCUGCAGCCGCCGCCGCCGCCGCUGCCGCCGACGACGACAAAGACUGCGGCAUGUUGCAAAGGGGCGACGAGUUCGUAGUUGCCUCGGAGGAAGAUGCUGCCGCUGCUGGUAAUGGUGCCGGCGACGGCGACGACGACGCCAAAGACUGCGACAUGUUACAGAGGGACGACGAGUUCGUGGUUGCCGCAGAGAAAGAUGCCGCUGCCGCCGCCGCCGCCGCGACUCCCAUGGGCCUCGUUGGCUAUUCCGCAGGCCCGCGGGGUACGGAGACGACAGCGCCGCCGACCGGCCCUUCGACCCAACCGGGCGCUGCAUGUGCGGUCGUGACGGAGUCUUCCUCGUCGGUGUCGGCCGAGCCCCAACAGGCCUCCGCGCGAAUGGACAUUCCCCGUCGCCCGCUGACCUUUGGUGCCAGGGAGGCCAUAGCCACCGCCAACCCUCCCGGUGCCUCGUCUGGCUCGAGUCACUCGCAAUCGUCGAGCGCAGCCGUGAGAGGCGCUCUGCCUCAUCCCGGUCCGCCGCCACCCCGCCCUCCCCCUUCAGAGCACAUGCAAGGCCAGAGCGGCGAGCUCUCCUUGCCCGUUGUCGUGACCGCGGCGUCAGAGGACCACGGAGACGGAGACGGAGUCUGGGUCAACGCGCUGGAUCACUGGCGCCAUAAUAGGCCCGCACACGGUACAGAGGCGUAUCGCUCCCUCCCGACCGAGGACUUGGAGCAUGAACUCCUGGCCGAGUUGUUAGAGAUGCCGCCCAUUGGCCCCCUACAGUUUCAGCAGGAGUAG